UCCGCUUCAACGGAAGCACCCUACCCUUACACAUUCACUCAUUCACUCGUGCAAGUAACCCAGCACCCAUUCCCUACCACGGUCAUGAGUGCAAGAAUUGGGCCUCAAAGGUCUACAAAGACGGCUGCAAAGCUUAGAUUAUUACCAUCUACAGAGGAAUUCGCUGAUUUUAGACGGCAAGACACCGGUCGUGAAGUAUACUCACAACUUCCUCAUAUUGAAGGAUCCACAGCUAGAAAAGAUGCAGAAUACCUAGGAAAACGACAUCGUGAGCACUUACCUCGUGUUACUGCCUAUUGCACGUGUGAUACUUUUCGGGUAGAUUUGCUCUUUAAGUUUUUCCAAUCUCGUCGAAGCAGUCAUAGAACAAGGCCUAAACAAUUCGACGAAUGUAUUUAUAGCCCAUACAGCUACGGUAGUGAAGAAACCGUAGAUCUGCUUGGAGACGAAAUUGAGCCAGAUCGAAGAUCAUCAAUUGCUGGAUCCAAUAGUUCCCAUGAUACCAUUCACAAUGACAUAUUUGAGACAGGGUUAGACAGAAACCAGCCUUUGUUUCGAGAAGUAUUUUGCUUUAGCUACGGAGUAGUUGUUUUAUGGGGAUACACUAUUGAAGAAGAACACAGAUUUUUGCGAGAACUAGGUCGGUUUGAGAUUGAGAAAUUAAAAAUGGAUGAUAUGGAAGUUGAAGAAUUUAAUUAUUAUGUUACGAAUCUUUAUCAACCGAGAAUUUUUAAUGACUUUAUUGCUUUGAGAGAUGCCUCUAACUAUAUGAUUCGGUUGUCUAUAUCUCAUGCAAUUGCACAAUCUGUCAAAAUUUCUCUUUUUGAAGAGCUCGUCAACGAAACCAUCGAUGCUACCAAAGAUACACCACAGAUGAUUGCCGAGUCUGGUAGAAUCAAAUUAAAACGAGAGGAGAUUAUGAUGGCUGUCGGUCAAUUAUUUAUUCUACGAAUUAAUAUAAAUCUACAGGGAAGUGUUUUGGAUAGUCCCGAGCUGAUGUGGACAGAACCACAGCUUGAGCCCAUUUACACAGCAGCAAGAUCGUAUUUGGAAAUCAAUCAGCGUGUUGCCUUGCUGAAUCAGCGUGUCGAGGUAAUCGGUGAUCUGCUGUCUAUGCUGAAAGAGCAAAUCACACAUACUCAUGAUGAAUCGUUAGAAUGGAUAGUUGUGAUUCUUAUGGCUUUGCUUGUUCUCAUUGCCAUCUUUAGCAUUUUGGUUGACUUGAGGUUUUUCAAGUAGUUGGGUACAGGUUGUUUUAUCAGUAAUUUAUUUAAUUUCGAUUUCGAUUUCGAUUCAAAAACAAGCUUCUUUAAGAAUAUUAGCUUUAUAAAACCGUCCUCGAAACCUAGGUCAUGUACGCGGUAAGGAAUCGUAAAUCCUUGAAAAUUCUUCUUUCAUAUAAACAAAUGGAAUCGUAGAUAUGAUCGAAAUUGCAUGUGCUAUGGUUGGAAGAAAAAGCUCUUCGAGACCUGAUUAGAAACGCAUCAUGAAAUCAUAUAAAAUUACAUAAAAAGAGAGUUUCACGUCCCUCUUCCUUCAUCUUGCAUUCUCUGUUCUUUUUUGUUCUUGUUCUCAUGAAUAUAUUCGUUUGGCAUCUGGUUCUUUCUAAUCUUGCAUAGGAGGUGGAUUGGAGUCCUAAGUAGUUAGUUGCUUAUUCAUGCAGCAACUUUUGUAGCUAAUAAUCUUACCGAAACUUCCAAAGAUGAAGGAACAGCAGCAUUGGACAUUUCUGGAAAUUCGUGAUCCCUCUGUUCCUUCUUAUAUUCUGUAUAUUCGUUGAAUGUAUCUUUGAGCAUCUGCGUUUCAUAUCGAUAUCUCUGGAUAUCUUUCUCUACGUGGUAAACUCUAAUGGCAUAUUGUACACAUUCUUUCUCAACCUCUGCUACUUUCUUCCGGAUCCUUGCAGUCUUUUGUUGGUAAACAUUUUCUGGUUGUAUGUGUUAGAUAUGCGAAAAAAGCCUCAACUUCUGCUUGUUCACAAACCUGAAUUGUCAUUCGGAUCCUGAAACAAAUCAAUAGUUAGCUCAUAACCAAAAAUUCAUCAUUUUCUCGUACCUGA